AUGGCAAGUCGCCAUGCACUUGUCCGGCGCAUGCCUCGGCAGAUCUGCUUCCUUGGGGCUCUGGCUCGGGCUGCCGAGUUGAGCCCAGCAGAGAGCCUCCUGUGCCAGAGUCUCCACCUGAACUUCGAGCGCUGGACGCAGGCAGCUGGGCGCAUCAGCGAGCCUCGUCCCUGGUUUUACCGCGCGACACCGCGGCAGCAUUGCCAGGAUGUGGAUGACACCGUCAACCACGCGUUUUUCGAGGCGACGUCCGUGGGCGAGUUUUUGCACGAUCUUGAGAAUUCAGCAGGCUAUGGCAUGCUGAGUGAGGGCAGGCAGCUCCAAGCAGAUCUGAGCAGCCUCGUGGCAGAGCUGCGACCAGCAUCGACGGUAAGCCAAGUGAAGCUCGCCGACCUCCCGGCAAAGGUGAUGUUGCAGUUUGACUCCCCGAGCUUGGGAUCGGGAAGCAUUGCCAUCUCCUCCGACGUACAGGAGUAUCGAGCGGACAUGAACUGCCCAGACUCGAUCUCUGCAAUCCGGACCGUGGAGAACUGGUAUCUCCCCCACGGCUUCGAGGUGAUCUACCCUCUCUCGCAGCCCCCGAUCUCCAGGGGCUCCCUUCGAAAACUCCGGGUUUUGCCUUGGGCCCCGCGACUGGUGGGCUGCCAGCCAAGGCUCUGGUAUCGCAGCCUCCGCCCCGAAGAGGCCCCCAACGUGUCCACUCACCAGGAGGUCUGCAAGUGCCUGGUAAGGGCCAGGAACAGAACAAACGUCUUCUCAGGUGCAGGGAUUGCCGACUCAGAUGUGGAACUCUUUCUCAGGCUUCGCACUCUUGCGUUCUUGACCAAAGGCGGAGGCAGCGUCCCGGUGCACGCUUUCGUCAUCGGCAACUCCUUCGGCUUCUCUGCGCUCCUGCUGGGACUGCUCUUUGCGAAGUCCGGACCGUCCGCCUCUGGUUCCGUCGGUUCCGUGGAUGUCCUGGACGAGGAGCCGGACGCCUGCACGCGCACAGGGGGGUGGCUGACGCGGCAGAUUGCACGGACCCACAACCUGAACGUCUCCUUGACAAGGGGAACAUCGCCCGAAGACGUGCCGAAAGCCACGCGGAGAGGGACGCGGACCGGGCGGACUUACGACCUGGCCUUCAUUGAUGGAGGCCACAGCACUUCACAGUUGCAAAAGGACUUCGAGGCAGUUAAGCCUUUUUUGGCACAGCGCACCCUGGUCGUCCUGCACGAUGUCGUCCUCUAUGGAAUGUACGAUUUCGUCCUGGGAUACUUCAAGCAGCCGUGGAGGAUACAUCUGGUAAGGGGCUGCGCUUACAAGAACAUCUGUGGCACCGUGCUGCUGCACCGCGACUUCCCAGAGGAUGCCUUUGAGUCGCUGUAG